UCGUCUUUCUCCAGCGGACUCGCCGCCUCUCCUCUCCUACGCGAAACCCUCGGAGAACAAAGAAGCGCGGAAGUCGUGACGGGAGCUUGCUGCGAGGCGUCGACGGGAUCGUGGGGUCCAAAACCUUCCCUUCUGCUUAUACCGGAAACCCUCGACGAAAAAGACACGAGGAAGUAACAACUGAAGCUGCAGGCGAAGACGUCGACGGGAUUUGGCUUUUCCUCGUCGCCAUUUCUUCGUGGCUGCUUCGGCUUUGCGUGCUUCGCGUGAAAUUGUUUUUGAUAGAGUUGCUAAAGCAGCUUCUUCGCCUCCUUCGGUGGCGUCGAUCGGAAGUCGAGACGGGAGCUCGCUCGCUCGCUGCGUACGUAACCAUCUUCGCCUCCUCCGUCAAGACGGGAGCUCGCUCGCUCGCCGCGGAAGAACUCGACGAAUCAGUAAAUCCCGUUAAAUCCGCCGUCGAACGACGGGAUUUAGCAAAUCCCGGAUUUAGGAUUUACCAUCGAUUCAGAUUUAUUGCGUGCUCUCAAACUGUUUGGUAUUACAAAAAAUCCGGCCUAAAGCCUGCUUAAAUCCUGCUACCAAACAGCCCUUUAAGGAACUAUCACAUACUUGUUGAUUUUCUUGUUUGGAAGCUUAUUAUGUCAACUAGGCGUAAUGUUCGAUACUCUCCGCUUGCCGGAGAAGAAAGCGAUGAUGAUAAUGGAGGCCAAGAAGAUCUUCGAUUUAGCUACAAUCCUAGAGCAUUUGAUAGAGUUCCAUGGAAGUCCAUUGCUCUUGCCCUUUUUCUUCUUGCUCUGGGGUCGAUCCUUCUCUUCCUCGCAUUCUUCAUCUUUGCAGGCCACAUGGAGGGCGAUAAAUCUCAAGCUUUUGGCCUUCUCGCGCUUGGCAUACUUUCUUUCUUACCAGGAUUUUAUGAGACUAGGGUUGCAUAUUACGCUUGGAGAGGUGCCCCAGGUUACAGAUUCUCCUCCAUACCCUCUUACUGAUUAUCUUAUUGUAUUUGUUGUAAUUCUAUAUGUUUGUUCCACAUCUGCUUGUUGAAUUUUAUUUUGUGCCAUAUAUUUUUAUGAUAUUUGCUUCAAAGUUUUAAAGUUUGAUCUUUGGGUUCUGCAAAAAUGUUGCAAUAAAUGUCUUAUCCCUAAAUAUUUUGUAAUAAACUGUCUGAUUUGUGUUUUAUCUGUUUUUCUUUGUAUAACAAAGUUUUACAUUUCCGGACA